AGGGCUGACGUGUUUUUAGCCGCGGAAGGGUGAAAAUGGCGAAAUCGAAAUUUUGCAAAGUGCGCGAAAAUAUCGGUCGGUUUUGAUGUAAUAUCCAAUUGAUUAAGUAAAACGUCCGGUUUCGAUGAAUUACACACAGGAAAAUAUUUAACUGUAUAGUAACAACGAGCUUGUCAUUCUCAUUUCACUUUGAAAUUUUAAUACUAAACGACCUUUGGGUCUGUUUGUACACAGCGGUGCGUAGUGCACUGUGGGACAGCAAUGGUGGGCGCGUGAUUUUGAACAAAUUCGAGAUAUUGGAGGAAUACCCAGGAACGUAAUCAUGUCUGUAAAUAAAGGACAAAAUGCUAGAGCAUUGGUUGAACCAUUAGCUCUUGAUUCACGUACACUUGGUGAUGGAGACUUAAGUGCAUUGACUCUGUCACAUAAUAAUGAACAAUAUUCAUCCAAUGACUUUGAAGCAUUUGCAAAUAUUCAGGCUGAAUUAGAAUGCAUGAAUGCUGAAGAAGUUAUGACAACAGAUGAAGAACAUAUAAUAAUUGGACGUAAUAUUGAGACUGAAACGAUUGUACCUGAUGUGGAAAUGACUGAAGUUUCUGAACAAGCUCAAGAAGAACACAUUAUCUAUACGACAGCAAAUCAAAAUAAUCAAAAUAUUGUAUUUCAAACAAAGCCAACGUUACAAAGGCUUCCUGCAUCUACAGUACAGGUAAAGUCAAAUGUUGGUCAAGUAACACAAAGUCAGUCUAUUAUGAUAGUAUCUCCCGCUGGCGGUCAAGGUACUAGCCAAAUCUUAAAAAUUUCACAUCCAUCAACAGCAUCAGCUGGUCAGUUACAAUCGUUAGCUCAAACUCUCAUAACAGCAAAAUCUGCUGAUAAUAUAGUUCAGUUGAGAUCUGCACAACCUAACAAACCUGUAAUGGCAACUAGUCAUUCAGGUAAUAUCACAUUAGGAAGUGUUCAGAAUGCAAAAACAGUUCAGUCUGCAAUAAAACGUACUGCACAGAGUACUUCUCAACAUCGAAAUGUAUAUACAAAAAUGAUAUUAGCUGGAAAUCAAACACCAUCGGGACAAGUUCUUAUAACUAGUUCUCAAAAUGAAAAUCAACAAACACAAGCAAUAAAAUUUUUAAACAAUAGUACAUCAAGUCAAGAUGUUACAAGUCCAGCAAAAACUAUAACAUUAGCACAAGCACAGCAAAUGGGAUUACUUUCCACUAAUAAAGUCCAACAUAUUUUACCCUCGUCACCGCAGAAACAAGUGAGUAUAAAAAAAAAGGGAAUAAUUGUAAAUAAAUUAGUGCAAUCAUCGAGCUCUCAAACCUCUAAAAUGACCCUAGUUCCAAGUAAUACAAUUAAAUCACCGACAAAGAUAUUACCUGCUCCUACAAUGAAUGCACAGGUUAAAACUUCAACAAUUUCAAAUCAACAAUCAACAUUUUCCUCAUCUAAUAAAUCAACUGUUCAACAAAGUCCACAGAAAGUGAUUAUACGGCAGAGUUCUUUAAAACCUGGAACUGUUCUUGGAAGUGGACAAGUUAUUAGAAUACCAGCCAAUCAAAAUAUUGUUACUGGAUCUAAUCAAGUACAUCAAAUACAAAUGCCUAGCAGACAAGUGCAAUAUGUAAGAUUAGUUAGUACUCCAUCAUCAGGUACUACAAAUGUUGUUACUGUGGGUAAAACGAAAUCACAAACAACUUUACAAACUGUUGGAGUCGGCCAAAAAUUAGGAGGUCAACAACAGAUUGUUAAGGUAGUUCCAUUAAAUACAAACAAUCAGUCAUUAAGAACUGUUGCACCUAAGGCUACAUUAACAGGAAGUGGUCAAAGAUUAUUAAUUCCUGCAACUGCAACAGUAAGCAACCAAUCGAAAAAUGCAGUUGCUAUCCCAGCAUCUGCUUUAAGUCAAUUAGCAUCUGGACAGGCUGUUCUUUCAACUAAUUCAAAUGUAGGAAAUAUUGUAGUUUUACCAGCUCAAUAUAUUCAACAACAGUCAGCAGAUGAUACAAAAUUGAAAUCUCAACAAGCUACACCCGGUUUACUAAGUAAUUCACAAAAUUUACAGAGUUCAACAGGGACUAUAUCUGUGGGAUCUGUUUUAGAAAAUAAAACUUCUCAAAGAUCAUAUGCUAGUGUUGAGCCAAAUGGUAUUAGGCCAAGAAAACCAUGCAAUUGCACUAAAUCACAAUGUCUUAAGUUAUAUUGUGAUUGUUUUGCGAAUGGAGAAUUUUGUCACAUGUGUAACUGUAAUAAUUGCUCUAAUAAUCUUGGAAAUGAAGAAGAAAGACAACGUGCUAUUAAAUCAUGUUUGGAACGUAAUCCAAAUGCUUUUCGUCCAAAAAUUGGCAAAGGUCGUGAAACGGGUGACGAUAUACGUAGACAUAAUAAAGGCUGCAACUGUAAACGAAGUGGAUGUUUGAAGAAUUAUUGUGAAUGUUAUGAGGCUAAGAUUCCUUGCUCUGCUAACUGUAAAUGUAUAGGGUGUCGUAAUGUAGAAGAACCGAAUUUGGAGAAAAAAUCUUUAAAAGACUUAGCCGAAGCAGCCGAAGUAAGAACUGCACAACUUACAUUAAAUAAGACAAAAUUACAAUUAUCAGAAAUGGCUUUUAGGCCUCCUGCAACGUCAAAUACUGGUGCAAGACAACCGUUUAACUUUUUGACUGAUAAAGUAGUACAAAUAACGUGCGAGUGCUUAAUGGCACAAGCUGAUGAAGCAGAACGUAACAUGUUUGACGAUGAAACAUCACAAAGACUUAUAAUCGAAGAAUUCGGUCGCUGUCUCAAGGAAAUUAUAGAAUCAGCACACAAAGCUGAAGCUACCUAGCAGUGAAUAAAGAUAUCAAGAAUUCAAUUAUCUAAUAUAUAAAUUAAAAAUUUAAUAGAUACAGAUAAACAGAUAUUUCUCAUCAUGGAUUGACUUAAUCAUCACUGCAGUAGUAAUAUCUGUCUGCCAUUAGAGGUGAUAAAAGUAUAACUUUUAUGUAGCAGAUUAAUAUAAAAUAUAGAGAGUCUAUAUAUAGAACAGUAUAAGGACAAAUGUAAUAUAGAUACAGAUAUAAAUAUAUAUUAUAUAUAUUCAUAAAAUUCUUACUUCAAAUGAUAAUGUUUAUUUUAAGCAUACAAAUUGUACAGGCAUCGUAAUAUAAUGAGAUAAAAAUUGUGUGAAUUGAAAUUGCGACAUUUAUUUAGGUGUUAAAAAAUGAUAAUAAAAAAUUAAUUGUACCUUUCUACCUGUUACAUGGCAUUUGUAUAACAAAUCUAAUAUGAAAAUACAAAUUUAAAAUUAAUACUAUAAAUUUUGCAAACAAUAUUAAUGUAUGCGUAAGAAACUACUACUAUGUACAGAUAAUAUAUUGUAUAUCUAAAUAUACCUUUAUAAUUUGUCCUCUGUACAUUGAGAGAAAAAAAU